CGAAAGGCCUCAAUAUGCUAAGAGCCACCAACAACAGACGAACAUCGAAUAAUGUGGAAAAGGAUAGCCUCCAGAUGGCUAAGCACGGAAACGGACCAUUGAAGCCCGUCAAUGCGCAAGGUCUUCAGACGAAAAGAGAAGCUCGAGAGAUUCUUGCACUCAAGCCAUCCAAUCCAGCUCCAGUCGAAACUGCGCAAAAGUCACAGAGAAUCAACCUCCAGGAUGCUGAGACUAAAUGUCUUGCUAUGGCCGACGACAUAUACAAGUAUCUCGUUCAUCACGAGAAAAAGUAUCUUCUUGAGGAGUGCUUCAUGGAGGGAGGAGAGCCCACUCCCAAGAUGCGUCGCAUUCUCGUCGAUUGGCUUGUCCAAGUUCAUGUUCGAUUCCAUCUCACACCUGAGACACUUCACUUGACUGUCUUCAUUCUGGAUCGCAUGCUUCAGAAGAAGGUCACCUCCAAGGCGGAUCUUCAGCUUCUUGGAAUUUCAGCUAUGUUCGUUGCCUCCAAGUUCGAAGAGGUUUACCUCCCAGACAUCCACGACUACGAGUUCAUCACUGAGAACACAUACAGCAAGAAGCAGAUCUUGGCAAUGGAGCAAACAAUCCUUAACUCGUUGAACUUUGACUUGUCCUGCCCAUCUUCGCUUGUCUUCCUCCGCUGUCUCUCAAGAAUUCUCUCCGAAAACGAUGCCAGCCCAAUCGAUAAUCAAGCUUUCUGUUAUACUUACAAUAUCUCCAAGUGUCUCGGAGAGCUCGCACUGCUCGAUUCGGUUAUGGCCUCGACCCCAAGGUCCCACAUUGCUUCUGCUUCGAUGAUCAUCGCUCUUGAAGUUCAUCCUGUUGACGGAAUCGAGGCGGAGAAUGCUGUAUCGGUCAUUUGCAAACAGCUCGGAGCCUCUAAGAAAGUCAUUGAGGAUGCUGUCGCUUUGCUCGCCGAAGUCUCGUAUAAGAACUUCAAACAGGGGAAGCUUGUCGCUAUUAAGAAUAAGUAUCAAUCAAGCAAGCUUGCACAAGUUUCCAACUUGAUGACCGACGACGUACUCGAGAAAAUCAAUCGGAUGGGCCAGAAUGCAAAAGUGGACGCAUCAGAAAUGGAAUGAGCACUUCGAUCCGAAAUAAACAUUUUGUACCAUUCAGUCUUUCUUGAUUCUUAUGUUUCUUCCUUCAUUGCUUUUCUUUUCGGCUCCUUUCCAUUUUUUAACUCCUCCAGUCGUUUCCACGUCAAUCUGGUCACACCCGUACAUUGAUUGUAAAUUGGUGAACAUUCGUUGAGCGACCAUACACCACCUCCCAUAUUAUUCAAUUUGUCCAUUUUGAAAUUUAAAAUUUCACUAAAAAUUUUUAUCACAACUUUUCGCGCCCUCUUUUGUAUCGAUCUCGUAUUUAAUUAUUGAAACCACACUGCUGUAAGACUCACCGUCCUCAUCUCUGUUGUUGUAACUAGAAGGACCAAAAACUUUCUGAUGAAACCUAUGUGCUAUUAAAUUUUGUUAAAUGGAAUUACUAUAAAUCAUGUACUAA